AUCAAAGCAAAAAUUGGAGCAAAAAAGUUAAAUUUUUUCACCUCACCACGCAGAAAGACAGACAGACAUACACACGCGUGAGUGGUCAGAAGAACCUUCCUUCAACAGUACCCUCCAAAAUAUUCGUCUUCCUCACUCACAUUAUUCCCUCCCACGCAGCUUACGGCUCUCACCCUCUGAGCAUCAGAACAGAGACGACGACAACAACAACAACCUAUGACUUCUCCGAAACACCCUACAGAUACGGCGACGGCAAUUACCGUGCAACCUUCGUCGCCGAGAUUCCCCAUGAGCGGGACCCCCACCUCCGGAGCCCAACGCAAGAUCGGGAUUGCCGUGGAUCUCAGUGACGAGAGCGCCUUCGCCGUCAAAUGGGCUGUCCAGAACUACCUCCGCCCCGGUGACGCUGUCAUCCUCCUCCACGUCCGUCCCACCAGCGUCCUAUACGGCGCCGACUGGGGUGCCAUCGACCUUUCCGUCCACGACCUCGCCGACGAUGAGCUUUCCCACCAGAAGCUCGAGCACGACUUCGACGCCUUCACCUCCACCAAGGCCAAUGACCUUGCUCAGCCCCUCGUCGACUCACAAAUUCCCUUCAAGAUCCACAUCGUGAAGGACCACGACAUGAAGGAGCGCCUCUGCCUUGAGGUCGAGCGCCUUGGCCUCAGCACCGUUAUCAUGGGCAGCCGAGGGUUCGGCGCCUCUCGCCGCCCCUCCAAGGGCCGCCUUGGCAGCGUCAGCGAUUACUGUGUGCACCACUGCGUCUGUCCCGUCGUCGUCGUUCGCUUCCCCGAAGAGAAGGAUGGCCCCGACACAAAUCCUGUUGUCGUAGCAAAGGCUGGUGUGGAGGAUGAGCAGGAGUACCAUGAUGCAUUGGAUAAGCAAACUGACGUGGACAAAGCCUCGUGAAUAGAUGGUGGGGAUCGUCAAAGGAUGUUUGACUCUUCAAAAACUCUGUUUGGUACUGGUCUCGCAUUUGCCCCUCUUUCGCUCCUUUAUAUAUCUAUGAAGUUUGGAAUGGAUGACAAAUGAACUCUUGUUUAUAUUUUUAGGUAUUUAAAUAUGAUAGGCUGCACUAUUUUCCUGCCAUGUAAAAUUUUCUGUGGAGUCCUUUUUCUUCGGUUUGCAACCUCAUGCUUUGGCUUUAUAACAUCAAGAAGAGGAUAUAAAUUGGAUAUAUGCCUAUCAUUAUAAAAUGCUUAUUUUUUAUUUUA